AUGAUGUUAGUGACACUGCCACUGCCAGUUGUCUUGGUGGAUGAGUUAAUUUGGCCCAAUGCCCAAGACAUUCAUCUGCCGAUUCAAAUUCAAUAUUCAAAACUGAAAAGCCAGGCCCAGUCGCGCAGAAAGAUUCAACUAAAAGACCACUCAGAAGUCAGAAUCUCUUUCCCAAUUAAUACAAGCUCUUCAGAUACUCUGGUCAAAGACACCACUGGCUCCCCUCCCGUCGCUGCGGUCGGUCUUCCUUCUCCUCGCCGCCGUCGCCACUGCUUCCUCCACCCUCGCCGGCGUCAGACCUUCUUUCUCCUUGCCAACGUCCUUUUCUUCCUUCCCGUCGCCGGCAUCCUGCUGAACUCGUUUGUUACGGGGUAA